ACAGAGGGAAUUCCACCUUCCACGAAGAAGCCAGACCCAGCUCAAUCCAUCCAGAACUCGAGACCCUUCUUUAAAAAUCAAACCACCCCACUCGCAUCAUCUGUCCACACUACAUCGUCAAACUCGAACCAGCAAUCAACUAUUAUUUCAGGUUUGUGAAUUCUCAACGUAAUACAGAGAGGAUAAUUUAAAGAAAGAAGAAGAAAAAGAACAAGGAUGUGUCUGGUGUUUGUUUGCGACGAGGAUGAGAGGGUUAUGUCGAGGCAGACAGCACAGGGGGCGUGUCCGUACUGCGGAGGGAUGAUUCAAGCUAUGGACGUCCAGAGCCAGUGGAGGUUCUGCUUCGUGCCUCUCUACUUCAAAACCAAGCGCAAAUUCUACUGCACCAUCUGUGCCAGACGUUUGGUUAUUCAGUAACAUAUACAAAUCGACAGUUCUCUGAUCUCUAUAUUUUUUUCCCCUUUCUUUACCAUGUACUGAUAUCCGUUGGUCCAUAAAAGUUUCUGUAUCAUACUAUUUUUGAACUUUUUUAUAAGUAGUUGAGAAGUAGAAAGAGGUUUUUUCUUGUUA